AUGGGGUGCACACCUUCCCACAAUGACCUUGUUAAUAGCGUCGCUAAGAGUGGCAUCCAGUUUUUUAAAAAGCCCAAAGCAAUUUUGCCGGGACGUCAGGGGGGCAGUGAAAGAUGCUCUACCCCUUCGCUGCUUCCCACCUCCACCUGCUAUGACUCUGGGGGAGGCUUGUCCCAGGGACAGAGGCUGGCACAGGAGCAGCCAAGUUCCCAGACCCAAAGCUCGGCUGAAGGUCUUUGUCCGCUCCCAAGAGAUCCCACUGCAGGCAAAGGGAAAGAUAUGGAAGGACUGCCCCCCAAAGCCAAAACCUCCCAAUCCCACCUGGGCAAAUCACAAAGCCGCACGGCUAAGGACAUUCCGUCCAAGACACAGAGCUCCCAUGGGUCACCAGGGGCAGCCUCCUCUGGGGAAGCCAGUGAAGAAAGUAACACCCAGGAAAGGAUGCUGAGAUGCCACACAUGUGGCCAACAGGGCCAUUGCUGCCAAAACAGCAUUCCUGCUCACGAGCCUGAGGGCAAAGUGGACUUCCCCGAGCCCCUGGUGAAAGCGCACCAGCAUGCCUAUACCUACCUCCACUCUAGCCUCUCCAAAUAUGAAGCAAUUCUGUGCAUCACCCAUCAGGCCACCCAGACCCAAGAGCUGCUCCAGCCCAUGGUCAGCUUCCUGCUGCUGUGCUUUGAUGAGGUCAACCGGCUCUUGGGGGAGAUCUCCAAGGAUGGAGAAGUGCUCCUCCAAGAAGUUAGGGAGGAUCUGGCAUGGCCAUUGAGGAAAGGAGAGCCCCAGGAGCAGCCGGACCUCCUACCACAGCUUCUGCAGCACACAGUCAGCAAGCUGCUGGUGCUCAGGGGCAUGGUGGCCUCACUCACCGGCAGCUUCCUGGAGAGCUCCAGCAGUUACCUCCAUGCCACCGCGAGCCACGUGGGAAAGAAGCUGAGCACAAAGAGGGGUGUGGAUGAAUGUCUCCUGCGGGCUCUGGGGCAACUGGAGAGCUUGGUGAGUGGCCACAGCGACCCUGGGAUGCAGGGUCUGCCCUUGUGCUCCGAGGACAGUGGCAUCGGUGCUGACAAUGAGUCUGUGCAGCUGGCCGACAAGCUGGGCAAGCAAGCCAGCUGGGACUCAGUGCCGGAGCCCUCGGAAUGGAAACCAGCGUUUCCAGCCACAGCAGAAGCCAGGCUCUCGGGACACACCUGGCAGCAAAGUCCUUUCCAGAUGGGUUCAGACCGACCCCAGGACUGCCCGCUCUCGAGACCUCCUACGGCAAAGGUUCAGCCAGAGGCACAGGGUGGGGCCAGUGGCCCAUGCCCCUCCAGCACGGGCCCAAGAAACACUACCUCCAGCCCCCUGGGGAUGGCCAAAAGCACUUGGUGUGACUCCCUUGGGAUUGGGAUCUCCAGGGAAACACGUUUUUCUAAAGGCCCCAGGUUGAUGGGCACGUCUUCCCUCAGUGAAGGUGAGGACAGUAGCCCAGAGGAGGAGGAAGACCAAGCGAGCAGCAUGAGUCCCUGUGCAUGGCGGGAAAAUUCUUCCCAACCAAGGCCACGGUCUUCACCUGGUAGCCCGGAAAGCCUGUUUCAGCCACACUCCAGGAGGCUUAGGAGCCCCCAAGCCCAGGAAAUGAUUCUGAAGAUGAAGGAAGCAAUCAGCGAAAGGAUCAAGUUUGUCCCUGUGCCCUCGGGGCCCCAGGACUGGCCUGAGGAGGAGGACAGGAGGACGGCGGUCCCACCAAGACCCAGCACAGCCAGUGGCAGCAGGAGGGCCCCUGUGAGGCAGAGGAGGUCCCAGUCAGAGGGCUGUCUGAAGAGCCAGGCCGAGGACCCCACCCUCCAGGAGCUGCGGAGGGUCCAGAGAGACCUCAGCCAGAGGCUGGAGGCAUUUUAUGCCCUGGGCGCACGACAGCAGGGGCAGAGCGCGGGGCAGGUCCCGCAGCCCAGAGCAGCGGCUCUGAGGCCCGACAACUGCAGGGUCACCCCGAGCAACACCAUCAGCAAGCUGAAGGCCUCUCUCACCAAGAACUUCAGCAUUUUGCCAAGUCAGGACAAAAGCAUAUUGCAGAAAUGCGGUCCCCGCCCUGAGAGUGAACAGCCCUGGUGGCGGAGAGCUGAGGGGCUUCCGGUGGCCAUUGCGUCGGGUGAGAGGGCCAGUGAGGCUCCAGGAGCCAUGGACUGGAAUGUCAGGGGCUGCCCCACCAGAACAUCGGUCAAGAAACUCAUUGAAACUUUCUGUCCCACUAAGAGUCUGAGAACACUGGGGGAUUCCAAGGACUCUGGGCCAAACCCCUGCCUCAGGAAAUGGGGGGUCCCCAUCAUGCCUCCCAGAUUUCCCAUUUACAGGGGGCUUGCCCCUUUGUAUCCAAAGCCACAAAUUUCUCCAGCAGCAAGCAGAGACCCCCUCCAGGUGGGGCCAGACUGGAGGCCCCCACCUCCUAUUUUUCCCCCUGUGCUCACAGCAGAAGCAUCCAAGAGUGAGGAUCUCAAUUUCAACUGUGAAACAGAGGAGGACCCAGAGCAUCUCCCUCCACCACCUCUGGAAGUCCUGAUGGACAAAUCCUUCACCUCUCUGGAGCCCCCAGAAAGCAGCAAGCCAGCAGGGAGCUCCUCCAAGGAGACCCAUGUGCCAGGGCCGGGAGGGGCUGACCCUGCCCGGAGAACGUGGGCUUCCCCAAAGCUAAGAGCCUCCAUGAGCCCCACUGACCUGCUACCCAGCAGGAGCACGACUGCCCCCACCAGGCCCCACAGCACAGGGCCAGGGGGCAGCAAGAGUGGCUGCGGCACCAAAAAGCUCACCUGGGACCUUAACCACCUGCCAGCAACCAGCAGAAACCCAGAGGUGGAGGGCAGCGGGGCUCCGAGUCAGGCACCUGCAGACAAGGCUGCCAGCCUGUCCAAGCAUCCCCAGAAGGCCAUCCCCUGGCACCACUCCAGCCACACAUCUGGGCACAACAGGACCUUGGGACCCAGCCUGGCCAGGCCACCCCGGGGGCCACAUUCUCCUGAGGCCCCAAGACCGAGCCAGGAGAGAAGCGCCCUGCUGGUCAGGAAGGCCUCUCCCUCAAGGGGAUACUGGACACCCCGAGCAGUCAGGAGGCAGCCCUCCUCUCACAGACCUGCCCGGCCAAGUGCUCCUUCUGUGCAUGGCUCCUCCAGCCCACCUGUCAGCCCUCCGGUGAGCCCCAAGGUGCUAAGCCCCCCAACAACGAAGAAAGGAGCUUCCCCAGCAACACGGCAGCACAAGCCGCCCAGCCCUCCCCCCGCGAGCCCACCCACACGUCACAAGGCCUCCAGCCCCCCCACCCAGCACACAGAAGCAAGUUCCCCUUCCUCUGGCGCCUCCCCAUCCCCCCCAGUGUCCCCUACUGAGGGACAGGAAACAAGAGGUUCUGAGAACAAUCGGGCAGCCACAGCCAAAGUGUCUGGGAACACGUGUUCCAUAUUCUGUCCAGCCACCUCCUCUCUGUUUGAAGCUGCGCUGCCACCUUCGACCGCCCACCCGCUCACCCCACCAUCGCUGCCACCUGAAGCCGGGGGCCCUCGUGGGACCCCCGCAGGAUGCUGGAGGAGCAGCUCAGGGCCACGGCCGAGGGUGGGCUCACAGCGGGGCAUGGCCCUGUGUGCCCUCAACCCUCAGCCUUUCGUCAGGAGGACAGCUUCUGACCGCCGGCCAGGUCUCCGCCUCCCGCUGCCUGUCCCCGGUGCCACCAGCAACGCUUGUGAAUCCCCACUCAGCAGGAGCAGCAGCAGUGAGGAGAGCCCCAAAAAGGACACUGAGCCAUGGAGCAGCCCCUGUGCCCCGGAACUAAAGGGUUCUGGCUUGGAUGCAUCUCCCCCAGAGCUCUGCGUGUUGGGCCACGGGCUGCAGCGGGAGGCCAGAGCCAGCCGUGCCCAGGACAAGCCUCAAGAGAAGGAAGUAGCCUGA